AUGUACCACGGUUAUCAAGGUAAAUGCAAGUACAAUGCCGGCCCAUGGGGAGAGUGCAAUGCGGACACAAAUACUCAACAGCGCGAGCGUUCACUGAAGCGUGGUGGAGGCGAUUGUCCACCCGUUCAGGUCCAGGAACGGCCAUGUCGUGGACAGAGAGGUGCCUGUAAAUAUAAGCGUGGGACCUGGAGCAUCUGUGAUCCAGUAUCAAACAAAAAGACGAUGUUGAUGACACUGAAAACUGGUGGAUCACAGUGCCCACAGACUAAAACUAGAGAGAAAGAUUGUAAACGUCAAAAGAAGUCAUCAAAAGGAUGUGUAUACAAGAAAGGCAGGUGGGGGGAGUGUGACCAGACCACAAAUGUCAAAGUCAUGGUCAAGACAUUGAAGAGAGGGGAUCCAAACACAUGCAAACCCACCAUGACUGUUGAGAAAAUCUGCAAACGCAAACAUCAAGGCCUUAAAAGUAAUUGCAAGUACAUAAAAGCAAGUAAAUGGGGAAAGUGUGACCCAAAAACAGGUCUCAAGUCCCGAGAAAUGGUCCUGAAGAAAGGUCGUUGCCAGCCGAGAAUAAAUGAGACCAGACCCUGUGGAAAUAAAAAGAAAAAGAAAGAAGAAAAUCAGAAUGGUUGCAAGUAUGAUAAGAGUGCAUGGAGACCUUGCGAGGCGGCGUCCAACACAGUGUCACGCACACUGACCUUGAUAGAGGGCGAUCCUAGCGUAUGUAACGCCACAAAAGUUCAAACAAAGAAGUGCAAAGAUCGACAUCUACGUCCACAUUUGUGCAAGUACCGUCGCACAAGCUGGGGUGAGUGUGACGUGACAACAAACAUGCGACAGAUGGUGAAAACUCUUAAAAGAGGUGACCCAGCAAAGUGUGAACCUACACAAACGAUUGAGAAGAAAUGCAAAUCUAAGAAAAACAAUGUUAAUGUAUGUCAGUACAAGAUGGAACCAUGGUCAGGAUGUGAUCUUACAACAAACACGAUCACUCGUCGUCAGGUCUUGACAAGUGGUCCUGCAACAUGCACGCCAGUGAAACAAUAUUCUAGGAAUUGUAAAAAACAGUGUCGGUUUGAGAGCGGGGAAUGGUCAGCAUGUGACAAGGAGACUUACCAGACCACCAGAGUGGACAGACUCCGGCCUGGCUCUCUGGCCACAUGUCCUAGCGCCCGCGUGCUGUCCAAGAAAUGUGGCAAGGGUGAAAAAAAGUGUGUGUACGGGACAGGGACCUGGUCAGAGUGUGACACAACAGAGAACCCAAUGCGUACCCGUACACAGAUCCUGAUAUCUGGUGGGUCCAACUGCAAACAAGAGAAGAUAACCAAGAAAUCGUGCAAGAAGAAAAACGGACAAGUGCGUUGUUUCUACGGCCCGUGGGGUGAGUUUGAUGCUUGUAAGAACGGUGUACAGAAGAAGAUCCGUCAUGUUAUACAAGGAGGUCUCGAGUGUGAACUGAAGUCUGUGAAAAUGAAGGCUUGCUAAUGGAUCUUGUACAUUUGUAUGUAAUCUGUGCUCUGGAAAAACAGGGCUUAAUGCAUGUGUGUAAAGUGUCGUCUCAGAUUAGCCUGUGCAGUCCACAGAUGACACUUUUGGCAUUUACGCAAGUCUCUUCUUAACCAAAAUCUUGCUAGAGUUGUUUGUUAUUGUUGUUUUUUUUUUAAAUGUGACAGUAAUUUUUCUUAAGUUUCUUAUAUCCUAUUAAUCUUCUAACACCAAAACUAGCAAUAGUUAAUUAUCUUAGCAAUUUGGGUAUACUUUAUGUAGCCAGCUCUUUUUUUAGAAUUAGAAUCUAUAUAAAGAUCAAGUUAAAUUCACUACAUGUUAUUCAGCAACAUUCUGGAGGCUUCGUAUGCUUGUCAACUGUAUGCUUCGUAUGCUUGUCAACUGAAUACAAAUGAGACACAGGUUAAUCAGGAACGAUACUUCACAGGCCUUAAAUAAAAGUGGAAUGUGUAGUCCCUGAUAAGCCUUUGCAGACUGCACAGGCUUAUCUGAGAUGACACAGGCUUAUCUGAGAUGACACAGGUUUAUCUGAGAUGACACAGGCUUAUCUGAGAUGACACAGGCUUAUCUGAGAUGACACAGGCUUAUCUGAGAUGACACAGGCUUAUCUGAGAUGACACAGGCUUAUCUGAGAUGACACAGGCUUAUCUGAGAUGACACAGGCUUAUCUGAGAUGACACAGGCUUAUCUGAGAUGACACAGGCUUAUCUGAGAUGACACAGGCUUAUCUGAGAUGACACAGGCUUAUCUGAGAUGACACAGGCUUAUCUGAGAUGACACAGGCUUAUCUGAGAUGACACUUUACGCAAAUGCAUUUAACUCCAUUUUCUGGGAUUGAGGCCAAAAUCGUUGGAUAUUUUUAUUGUCUGUGCCCAAAUACUUUCAAAUUUGCUGUUCAAAAUCAUGCCAUAAUGUAUACUGCUUGAUAAUUGUAUAUUAACAAUUGAUCAACUGUGGUUAUGGAAUUUAUACAUUAUUUUAAUCAAUUGUUGUAGUUGUUUUUAUUUACUGAUUUAUCAAUUGAAGAUACAACUAUUCUUAGUCAUUUUAACCUCAAAUGUUGCU